AAAUUAUCUGAUUGGAAAUCAGGGAGGGGAGAAAAGAGACAGCAGCAAAACGUGUGAUGCUUUUUUUAAAAAAAAAGGGGAAAAAAAGAAGCUGCUUUGCUUUCCUGACUUUCUAAGGAAAGGAUUUACCGACGCGGAGCAGAACUCUUGUCUUUCUCCGAAGAAGGGACUUAUUGUUAUCAUUUUAAAAGUUUCACGCGUUUUUCAAUUUGGACUGGAACUUGUUCUGUCGACGGAUCAACAUGCCCCGGUCAUUUCUGGUGAAAAACAAAAGGUGCUCGUCCUUCAACGUCCACCGAGCUUACGACGACGAGCCGAAGUCCCCGAUAUGUGCAGCAGAGGUCCCGCCUGAAGUCCAGAGGACCGAGCCUGGAGACAGACCCCAGCCCGAGGGGCCGUUGGCCUCCCCGGACCGCUCCCCGUUCGUGAAGGAGGAGGCAGAGCUCACGAGUCCCCUGCCCGUCCACCCGGAGCCGACCAGGCCUCCGGCGGCUCCCGCACAGCCGUACUUCCUCGCCGAGCCCCACAUGGCGGAGUUCCCUCCGUACUACAAGCCCACGUACGGCUGGGAGCCGGUGCCGUCCUCCUACGAGCUCCGCCAGGUGACGUUCAGCCCCAAGGUGCUGCAGCACGCCAGCAGUCUGUACGGCCGCCACAUCAGCCGCAGUCCGCAGCUGCAGCAGCCCCUGGACUGCAGCUCGCACUACUCCCCCACCUCCAACACCUACCACUGCAUCACCUGUGACAAGGUGUUCUCAACGCCGCACGGACUGGAGGUGCACGUCCGGAGGUCGCACAGCGGAACGAGGCCGUUCGGCUGCAGCAUCUGCAGGAAGACCUUCGGCCACGCCGUCAGUCUGGAGCAGCACAUGAACGUCCACUCUCAGGAGAAAAGCUUCGAGUGCAAGAUGUGCGGGAAGACAUUCAAGCGCUCGUCCACGCUCUCCACGCAUCUGCUCAUCCACUCGGACACGCGGCCGUACCCCUGCCAGUACUGCGGCAAGAGGUUCCACCAGAAGUCGGACAUGAAGAAACACACGUACAUUCACACUGGUGAAAAGCCCCACAAGUGCCAAGUGUGCGGCAAAGCCUUCAGCCAGAGCUCCAACCUGAUCACCCACAGCAGGAAGCACACGGGCUUCAAGCCGUUCGGCUGCGACGUCUGCUCCAAGGGCUUCCAGCGCAAGGUGGACCUGCGGCGGCACCACGAGAGCCAGCACGGCGCCGAGCCCGAGAUGAGCACGAGACCCUGAGCACUGCAACUGUCGCAAAAUGUUUGUACAGUGGCUUUUGAAUAAUGACAGCGGUAAUUUAUUGUUAAUAAUAAUAAUAAUAAUAAUAAUAAUAAUGAAUAAGAUAAUAUUAAAGUGAUCUGAAAAUAUCUGGUAUAUUUUCGGAUGGUCUUUGCAGGAGAUGAAGCUGUGAAAUUGAAAUGUACAGUGUCAUUUGUGUCAUGAAGAAACGGAGUGGUUGAUGAAAAGAAAUGUAUUAUUUAAUAUAUUGGGAGUUUUCAUUUCUUUUUUUGCGCAUGAUGUGUUUUGUGCGCGGGCCAAAUGAGUCAUCCAUGUUUAAGGCACCAAGAAACAUCACUCUUGGUUUCAUGUACUCGAUUCAAAAAUAUGCUUUGGCGAUGUAAAUUGUGUUUGAUAAAUGCUUUUACUUAAAAAAUAAAGGGUGGACUGAG